AUUUUAUGAUUCUAAUUACAAUUUUCAAUUCACGUCCAACCUGUAUAAUGAUUUACGAAUUAGCAUUUUCAUAAAAUCGUCAGGAAAAUCCAAUAGAAUUUUAAUUCGUGUUCUAAUCAACUGGUUCUCUUUUUAUAAUUCUUAUUAAGUAUAAGUUUUAGAAAUGAGUGAAGUUAAAUUAACUUUGUUGAUUGUUUUGAUAUUGUUUUUAAGUUUUAGAAGCAUUUGGGCGGUCGAUGAUGGACUAUUGUUUUCUGUGACUCGAGCACCGCGGUACUUCGGUAUCUUGCAAGAUCACAGGGGACAGCCCCUCUCUGUGGAAGUCUCAGAGGAAUACAUGGAUCAAGACUAUAUUGCUACUAAUCGGAAACGGCACAAAAUGGACUGGAAUAAAAAUACUUUAGACAUCGAUGAUUUUGAUGACGACGACACGGAAGAAAUAUUCGACGAAAAAGAUAAAGACGUUAAAUUACCAAAUAAAUACAAUCUUCAAGCGGGACCAGUGUAGUCGGACAUUAAUCUAAUAUUUACUUAGUAAUUAAGUUUAUUUUAUCAAUAAAUUCACUGUUGACUA